UUGCAUUGAGUAUCAUAUAUAAACAGCUCCUUAAAACACUAAAAUGGAUCAAAAGUUGGACCAGAAAUUUACAAUGGAACUGUCGACCAUCGAGAAUGGGCUACCAGAGUCAGUAAACUUAAUAGAACAAGAUGAUAUUCCAACUAAUAACGAUCCUAUCAGAGCCAUAAGACUUAUUAUAAUGGUGAUAAUAUUAAAUGUUUGCUUAAUUGUGGGAACCGUUCCCAUCUUCAUGUAUAUGAACACGCUAACCGAAGUGAUUAGAGAACGGUUUUUGGACUUUAUACUUGUUGGCGGAGGUCUUAUUACAAUUCCGAUGUUAUACAGGAUGGGAGAUCUUUCGAAGGGCCGCCCUAAUUUCUACUACAUUUAAUCCAUAAUCAACGGAUUUAUGUAAUACAACAUGAUUUGGCUCCAAAUUCUAAUUUACUUUGACUUUAUAUUCAGCUUUUCCUUACGAUUAAAAUUCCAUACCAAUCAUACUACCAGUGCCUUUCAACUCGUAACUUUUAGGGGCACUUUACUACAUUUUGUCCUCCCAUACACAACAUACAAGUAGAUCUCGUGUUUAAUAUUUAAACUAAAUUUAGUGUAAAAAGUUAGCUUAUAAAACCAUCAAGAUGUCGAUCAGGAGGACUGGACUGAUGUCCUAUAAUCAGAAGCGCAUUGCUCGCUGGUAUUUUGGGGGCGUGGCCAGUUCUAUAGCCGCCCUCAUUACACACCCGAUUGAUCUGAUGAAGGUGCUCAUGCAGACACAGGCGGAGAAGUUGUCGAUGGUGCGAACUACUCAAAAGAUAUUACGGGAGCAGGGAGUUUUGGCCUUGUACAAUGGAAUAUCGGCCUCGAUGUUGCGUCAAUACACGUACACCUUGUCACGUUUUGGGAUUUAUACAGUGGGCUCUGGCAUGAUGGACACCAGCACCAUGGGACGCAAAACGCUCCUAGCGGCGAUUGCCGGAGGAAUUGGAGGAUAUGUGGGUGCUCCUGCGGACCUGAUCAACGUCCGCCUGCAGAACGAUGUCAAGCUGCCCCAGGAAAAGAGGCGCAACUACAAACAUGCUAUAGACGGUCUAGUUCGCAUAACUCGAGAAGAGGGCUGGCGCAGUCUGUUCAACGGCUCCUCGAUGACCGCGCUGCGAGGAAUGCUCAUGACCGUGGGCCAGAUCGCCUUCUACGAGCAGAGCAAGUCUUCUUUGGUGCACCUGGGAAUGCCGGAGAAUAUGGGCACCUACAUCACCGCUUCGAUCAUCUCGGCCACGGUGGCCACCACAUUAACACAGCCGAUCGAUGUGGUUAAGACCCGGCGGAUGAACGCUGCCCCUGGUGAAUAUUCCGGUCUGGCGGAUGUGUUUAUUAAGACCUCUAGAGAGGGUCCACUGGCCUUCUUCAAGGGCUAUACGCCCUCCUUAAUGCGAUUAAUGCCGCACACCGUAUUACUGUUCCUGGGCCUUGAGUUCCUGAGGACCCAUUUCGGCUAUCUGCCUGAACCUAAGCAGGUUGGGCCUUAUUAUCGCUACGAUGAUGUCGAUGACGACUAAUCUGUUCUUGUAUUAUGUUCCAAAUUAUCUGUCUCAUUUAAUGUCUACAGUUAUAGAAUUGUGUGUCUAAAAAUUAAAUUACAUUGGUUAUAACAAGAUAUCAUGGUA